GAGAGCAUGACCCCCAAGAAGGGCUGUCACACUGACGGGGGUUCCUCCCAGGGACCCCCAUAGGGAGCCGAGAGAGCCUGAGACCUGUGACUCUGAGCCAGCCACCUCGCUCCCUGCAGCACAGCGCCCCCUAGCACAGUGCUAGGCGACACUGACUCACCCCUCUGCUCAGCCCCACUGCCUGCAGCCCCCUGGGUUUUCCCCACAGAUCCUGCAGCCAAGCCCAGAGCUGGUGCUGCUUUCGCUCCAGCGAUCUUCACACAAGCCCGAACGACUCUGCCAGGAGCCAGUUGACCUAGCAGGGACGGCUAUUGGGCAGGGGCUGCGGGAAAAGCCGGCGCUCUGGGUCCCUCAGCAGAGCUCUCUGGGGCCUGAGACAUGAGCUCUCCCCCUCGCCGUCUGCCCUGAGCACCUCCUCCCAGAGCCGGGCCGGCAGCAUGGAGAAGACCUACUCGCUGACGGCCCACUACGACGAGUUCCAGGAGGUGAAGUGUGCCAGCAAGUACAACAGUGGCACCCUGCCCAAUGGCUUCAACCUCCAGCUCGGGGCCGGGGCCAAGAAGCCGCGCCGGGGGCUGCCGCGCUGGACCCGGCGUGAGAUCUGCCUGCUCUCGGGGCUGGUCUUCGCGGCGGGCCUGUGCGUCAUCCUGGGCUGCGUGCUGCUGCUCAAAUACCUGGCCAUGGAGCGCGCCGCCUACUGCCUGGAGGACUGCCAGGAGAAGAAGGCCUUCGUCAAGGCCUCCCUCUUCAUCGCCAACAACCUUGACCCCACCAUCGACCCCUGCAAGGACUUCUACUCCUUCGCCUGCGGCAGCUGGCUCCACCGUCACAGCAUCCCCGAGGACAAGCUCCACUACGGCAUCAUCGCCACCAUCGGCGAGCAGAAUGAGGAGAAGCUCCGGCGGCUGCUCCAGCGGCCCGUCCGCAGGGGCUCCCGGGCCUCGGCCGAGAGGAAGGUCAAGGCGUUCUUCCGCUCCUGCCUCGACAUGGGCGAGAUCGACCGCCGGGGGCCGCGGCCCAUGCUGGAGGUGAUCGAGGACUGCGGCGGCUGGGACGGGCCGGCCACGGGGCGGCAAGCCCGCUGGGACUUCAACGAGCUGCUCUACAAGACCCAGGGCGUCUACAGCACGGCCGUGCUCUUCUCCCUCACAGUCAACCUGGACGACAAGAACUCCUCCCGCUACGUCAUCCGGAUUGACCAGGAUGGGCUGACGCUGCCCGAGCGAACCCUGUACCUGGGGCAGGACGAGGAGAGCGAGAAGAUCCUGGCGGCGUACCGCCUGUUCAUGGAGCGGCUGCUGGGCCUGCUGGGAGCGGAGCAGGUGGCGCAGAAGGCGGAGGAGAUCCUGCAGCUGGAGCAGAGAUUGGCCAACAUCACGGUCUCUGAGUACGACGACCUGCGCAGGGACAUCAGCACCAUGUACAACAAGGUGACGCUGGGGGAGCUGCAGCGCAUCACGCCCACCCUCAAGUGGAAGCGCCUGCUGGAUCGGAUCUUCCAUGAUAACUUCUCCGAGGAGGAGGAGGUGGUGCUGCUGGCUACCGACUACAUGCAGAAGGUGUCGGAGCUCAUCCGCAGCACGCCCAGCAGGAUCCUUCACAACUACAUGCUGUGGCGCAUUGUGGUGGUGCUGAGCGAGCACCUCUCCACGCCCUUCCGCGACGCCAUCCACGAGCUCUCCAGGGAGAUGGAGGGCACCGAGAAGCAGCUGGAGCUGGACAAGAUGUGCCUGAGCCAGGCCAACAAGCACUUCGGCAUGGCCUUGGGGGCCCUCUUUGUGGAGGAGUAUUUCUCCUCCUCCAGCAAGGCCAAGGUGCAGCAGCUGGUGGAGGACAUCAAGCACACCCUGGAUCAGCGGCUGGACGAGCUCGACUGGAUGGACGAAGAGACCAAACGCGCGGCUAGAGCCAAGCUCCAGUACAUGAUGGUGAUGAUCGGGUACCCGGACUUCCUGCUGAAACCGGACGCCAUCGAUAAGGAGUACGAGUUCGAAGUCCACGAGAAGACGUAUUUCAAGAACAUCCUCAACAGCAUCAAGUUCAGCAUCAAGCUCUCGGUGAAGAAGAUCCGGCAGGAGGUGGACAAGUCUGCGUGGCUGCUGCCCCCCCAGGCCCUGAAUGCCUACUACCUGCCCAACAAGAACCAGAUGGUGUUCCCCGCCGGGAUCCUCCAGCCCACGCUGUACGACCCCGAGUUCCCGCAGUCCCUGAACUAUGGUGGAAUCGGAACCAUCAUUGGGCAUGAGCUGACCCACGGCUACGACGACUGGGGGGGCCAGUACGAUCGGCACGGGAACCUGCUGCACUGGUGGACGGAGGCCUCCUACAGCAAGUUCCUGAAGAAGGCCCAGUGCAUCGUCAACCUGUACGACAACUUCACCGUCUACAACCAGCGGGUGAACGGGAAGCACACGCUGGGGGAGAACAUCGCCGACAUGGGGGGGCUCAAACUGGCCUACUAUGCCUAUCAGAAGUGGGUGCGGGAGCACGGGCCGGAGCACCCCCUGCACCGCCUGAAAUACACCCAUGACCAGCUCUUCUUCAUCGCCUUCGCCCAGAACUGGUGUAUCAAGAGACGCUCACAGUCCAUCUACCUGCAGGUGCUGACCGACAAGCACGCGCCGGAGCACUACAGGGUGCUGGGCAGCGUCUCCCAGUUUGAGGAGUUCGGCCGGGUCUUCCACUGCCCCAAGAACUCGCCGAUGAACCCAGCGCACAAGUGCUCCGUGUGGUGAGCGCCGGCGCCCCGUGGCCAUGCCCCUCGCUGCCCUUUGCCUUGCGUGUGCCAAGCCGUCCGUCUGAUCCUGCUGCUUGCAGGGGCUGCUGCUUCUCUGCCAUCCGCCUGCCCGCCAGCAAGUCUCCGGGGAGAGCCUCUGGACGCCUCUGCAGGGCCGGGGCUCGCAGGGACAGGUGCUGCAGACGAGGUGGCGAAGGCUCCUUUGGCCAGUUCCUCGGGGGCCGAUGCGAACGGCAGCAGGGAAACUACAGACUGGGUCCACUUCCAGCUGGGUGUGUCCUGCCUCCACCCCCCCUGGGCCUUGGAGCCAGCCCCCCUCCUCUGGCUCCCCAUCGCCAGGAGCCAGCCCAGUGAGCCCUGCCAGUGGCGCAGCCGGGGGGGGGGCGAAUCCCCAAAACACCGUCGAGGGGCAGCGGGAGGGACCAGACCUGGGGCAGGCAGGGGACAGGCCCCAGUGCUGCUGGCACAGAGGGGCCAAAAGCUACUGUGGGGCCAUUUCUCAAAGCAGCUGGAAGCAAAUAGUGCCCGUCCCAGGGCAGAACGCGGUGGCUGUGGCCCACGUCCCGUUCACCCAGCCCUACAGCGCGACGUGGGCCCAGCGCCGCUCCAUGCUCAGAGCUGGGCACAGAGGCCUGAGCCCAGGCCCGCAGGGAAGCAACCAGCCAGCGCAAAGGCCCCCAUGUGCUUGGGCCACAGGGAAGUUGUGGGGCGGGGCUGGGCUGGGCUGGGGGGCUCCAGGGGGACAGGUGGGUGAGAAAUCCCCCUGCCCAGCCGCAGCCCUGAACAGCGCCAGCUGCCAACGCCCCCCAGCACCAUGCAAACGGCCGUGGCAGGGGCUGGGCUGUGAGCGAAGAGCUGGCUCCACUCCCUGCCAGCGGCACUCCUGGGCAUUGACUCGCUCCCCCUACCCGUAGCAGUUUGGAGCCUCGCUCCAGUGCAGUGCCGCACGGCAGCACAAGGAGGCGCCGUUGGGUUGUCAGGCAGAGCUGCCUGAGCCCAGGAGGCCCCAGUGCUGGAGGGGGAGCCGGGUCGCCCCCGGGCUCGGCCCCUCUUGUACAGAAUCGCUGUAUGUGUUGCUGCUCGGUAUGGUCAAUAAAGCCGGCGCUGUA